UUUAUCCUAGAGGUGGGAUUUUACCACGUAAAAUAAUUCUUUGCGUGUUCCUUUAUUUUAUGCUUAGCACGUUUCAGGAUUGAUAAGCCAUAUCAAUCAUAUUAUAGAAGUUUAUUUUUAUUUAUUGAUUAUAAUUUUAAAUUGGCUUUUUUGUUUUUUGUUUUUUUUUUUGUCUGAAUAAUUUUAAAUUGGCUUAUUCACCCAUUUCUAGACAUUUUUAGUCAUCCAACAGGUAAUUUUAGAAGCCAAUCAAAUUGCUUACUGUUUAGCUACGAGAAGACAACCAUCGCAGAUAUACUUUGUAACUUUCUUUUUCAUUUUAAAAGAAGUGUGUAAUUACAAGUUGAAGGGCAAUCCUGUAAUUAUAUUUGCAGCCAAAGUGAUGAGCAGCUGAACCAAAGAAACAUCUCUCCUUUUUAACAGAUCAAACAACUUGUAAUUCCUUGUGUUCCACCUCUUUGAAAUAAAGAAGAAAAAGUAACAGAAAAGCCUCAACGGAUUUUCCCGGGAAAAAAGAAAAAAGAAAAAAGUAAAAAACCCAACCGCUUCACGAGGGAAAUCACAGGGCCAGAAGUUCAACUCUAAUUCAGCACGUCACCGCGAUGAGCUGCCUAAUUAGCAAAACUAAAAGCCAAGCAUGACGCAAAGAAAGAGUACGUGACCAACAAGCUAAUCAAUCUCAAGCAAAUUGGAGAGAGUCUAAGAGUUGGUCAAUUCAAUGCACAGUGUAUAUAUCAUUUUUUUAAUUCGGACCUGGGAAAUUUCCAUCCAUCUCAUUUUGUUGAAUCUUGGAGGCAAAGGAACUUGUAGAAAUUCAAGAUAUAUAUAUAUUAAACAACAAGGUCAAAUGAUGGAACUUCAUUCAACCAGUGCAACUUCAAAGAACAUCCAAAGAGAAGUUCAAGAAGAAGAAGAUAGGCCUUCAUUCACCAACCACAUCAAGGCACAAGAGCCUAGCAUCAUUCCAACUGAGACAGCCACGGCUGGGAAAUUCCUCAGGAGGCUCUUUACAAUUCUUUUUUACUUGCACUUGAUCCUCAUUGCCAUCUUCGUCGUCUUCCUUACACUGUAUGGCCUCAUCUCCACCUCUCGCAAUCACCAUUUUCAACCCCUCAAGUUUUAUCCUCCAUUGCUCACUUCAACAGCCUGCUCUGCAAUUGUUGCUUUCAUAUGGCAAUGGGUCACUGGCUCAAGCCCUUCUAAAGCUAUCAAGGCUGCCUUUUGGCUUAGCCCUUUGUUAACCUGCGCAGUCGGUGUACUGCUUGUAUCUGUAGGUUCUGCUCAAAGUUUGGCCGCAGGCGUGGUUGCAGUCAUUUGUGCCCUCAUUCAAUCCCUGUAUGCCUGUUGGGUCAGUCCCCGUUUUGAAUAUGCCAUCCGGAUUUUAUCAGUUUCCACUGCUUUCCCUCCUGCUAAAACUACCAUGUUAGUCCUUCAGUCAAUUUCCAUCAGCAUUCUUUACUCAUGUUUCUUGGUGUCUGGCAUUGGAAGAGCCACUGCCACCAGAAGUAGUUUGAAUGUGCUGUUCCACUCAGUAAUCUUGCUGAGCAUGGCAUGGACUAUGCAAGUAAUCAAGAACAUACUUCUUGUUACUGUCUCACGCAUCAAGUACAUGCACUUUGCAUGGGGAACAGAUAUUGACACACCUAAGGCUUUCCGCGACACACUUAAGCACUUGAUGGGGAGUAUCUGCAUUGGCUCCAUCUUGGUUCCAGUUCUCGGGGUUAUUCGGGGCUCUGCCCGAGGCAUGAAAUUGGUUGCAGGGGAUACCGACGAGUUUCUGUUUUCAUGUGCCAACUGUUAUGCAGGAAUGGCUUCAACGCUGGUAAUGUAUGGGAACCGGUGGGGUUUUGUGCAUGUCGGGGCGUAUGAUAAGGGCUUCGUGCAGGCAUCAUCAGAUACUUGGGAGAUGUUCAGGAGUGCAGGAUUAAAAGAAUUAAUCGACUUGGAUCUCACAGGAUCAUUCUGCUUUCUUUCUGGGGUGGCAGCAGGUGCAAUAUGCAGCCUAGCGAGUGGAACUUGGGCUCUUGCGAUUCAUAAGAGCUAUGCUGCAGAAGUUUCAAUCUAUGCAUUCUUCAUCGGCUAUUUCAUGUGUAGGAUUGCUAUGGCAUGGCCCCAAGCAUGUGUUUCGUCUUACUAUGUGGCUUAUGCAGAAAAUCCAGAGAGCGUUCGCUUUGACUCGACCAUCCCCGUUCGCCUUGAUGAGCUCCAGAGAUUUCAAGCAUAACAAUCGCAAGAUAUUAACAAGUCAUGCCUAUCUCAGGAGCAGUUGGACUAAAGACUCAUUCUCAAAUCAUUCAAGAUGGAUAUAUAGGAACGUACCACAAGAGAUAAGAUGCUGCUAAACAUAAAAACUAGUAACUUUUUGGCUUGUAUAUGUCCAUAAUCUUAGACUCUAUCUUUACCAGACCAUGGAAUUUACGACCUAGCAUUUAUUCUGUUGGUUAUACUACAUGAAAACUUGUAACUUUCGUUCUUGUAUAUAGGUUCAAAUUUUAGCAAAAGACAACAGGUUUACAUUGAAGUUCC